AUGACACCCGCGUUGGGUGCUCUCGGGGAAGAGGCUGCGUCUUUCCCAGAUACCGUCUCCGAUAAGGCCGCCAUCAGUCUGAUGCCGUCCGUGGACUCAUCUGCUCCGCGCAGCAUUGAAGAAGCCCAGGAGCACCGGCUCUCUCUUGACGCUGAAGUCGAUCCUUUGGAUGAUUCUCCACCUCCAACAUCGGCUCCAUCGUCCUCAUCUUCUGGCACUACCGCCAACCCGUACCCUCUCAUCUAUAACCCAAAAGAUUCACCGUCUAACCUCCACGUCUCGGGCCGGGUUAUCAAUGCACUCUCGCAAAUGCCUCACGCAGUAGUCUACAACACUGACGACAAGACGUUUGAUCUGCGGCACCGGCGCGGCAACUCAGCGCUUUAUUCAGCGCUCAGUUUCCUCAAGAACCACGAACACUGGGAGUCUCUAAUUGUGGCCUGGACAGGCGAAAUUGAAACCAAGGCCACCGUGGCACUUGAUAAUAUCCACCAAGACAAUGUCGACAUUUCUGCAGAAGAUGCAAAGCUCAUUGAGCAAAAGUACCGCGAGCGUGAAACGGAAUACGGCGAAACACAUCCUAUCUGGCUCCUGGGUCAGGACCAGUUCCGCUGGAGAGAAUACGCAGAAAAAAUCAUUUGGCCAAUCCUUCACUACAUUCAAGGUGAACCUACCGAUGGAAUUCAAGAACAGCAAUGGUGGCGGUCUUAUCUGGCCUUUAAUGAAGCAUAUGCUAAUCGGAUUAUUGACAUUUACAAGCCAGGAGAUAUUAUCUGGAUCCACGACUACUACCUGCUGCUGCUCCCACAACUUUUGCGCAUGAAACUCCCUAAUGCUUACAUUGGCUCCUUUCUGCAUUCACCCUUUUCAUCUUCGGAGUACUUUCGUGUCAUUCCUAAGCGCAAAGAACUUCUCGAGGGCAUGUUGGGUGCAAACUUGGUGGCAACACAGAGCUAUGCAUUUUCGCGGCAUUUUAUCUCGGCUUGUACCCGUCUGCUCAACCUGGAAUCCCGACCCAAUUACAUUUCUGCCUACGGUGUCCAUGUCUCGGUCGACACUAUCCCUAUUGGCAUCGAUACAGAAGCUGUUGAGCGAGAUGCCUUUUCACCCAUUGUCGACAAGAAAGUUUCUGCGCUGCGCUCGCUGUACCCUUCCAUGAAACUCAUUAUUGGCCGUGACCGUCUCGACAGUGUCCGUGGCGUGGUCCAAAAGCUCUAUGCAUUUGAAAUGUUUCUCAAUCUUUAUCCGGAAUGGAUUGGCAAGGUAGUACUUAUUCAGGUGACCUCACCAGCAUAUGCAAACACAGACAAGAUGGAGGAGAAAAUCGCCGAGAUGAUUUCCCAUAUUAACGGCACCUACGGCAGCCUGGACUACUCGCCCAUCCAGCACUACCCGCGCCAUGUGGCCCGUGACGAGUACUUUGCCCUGCUGCGCGGAGCCGACCUUGGUCUCAUUACUUCUGUGCGCGACGGCAUGAACACCACCUCGCUCGAGUUUGUCAUUUGUCAAAAGUUUAAAAACUCGCCUCUUAUUCUUUCCGAGUUUACAGGUACUGCUGGUCUGCUUGUGGACGCCGUUCAAGUCAACCCUUGGGACUCGGUCGGAGUUGCUCAAACAAUUAAUCAGUGUCUGCUGCAAUCUCCAGAACGUAAUGCUGUUGUCCAAGACCAUCUUUACAAAACCGUCACCAGUAACACGGUGCACGACUGGGUCGUGCGGUUCCUUUCUCGAUUGAUUCACAACUUGUCUCGUCAUGACCAGUCUCACAUGACGCCUACCUUGGACCGUGCUUUGUUGCUCCAACAGUACCAAAAGGCCGAAAAACGCUUGUUUUUGUUUGACUACGAUGGCACCCUGACACCAAUUGUGCGCGAACCAUCAGCUGCUAUACCCUCAGCUCGACUGUACAAAACGCUGGAACUUUUAACAAGCGACCCGCGCAACCAUGUAUGGAUUAUUUCUGGCCGCGACUCAGAGUUUCUCGAUAAGUGGCUGGGCCACAACAAGGCCAUUGGGUUUAGUGCCGAGCACGGGUGUUUUUUCAAAAACGAAGGGUCCAGCGAGUGGGUCAACCUGGCUGAGCAGGUCGACAUGUCAUGGCGUAACGAUGCGCGAGCCAUCUUUGAUUACUUUACGGAGCGCACGCAGGGCUCGCACGUCGAGGUCAAACAGGCAGCUCUUACCUGGCACUACCGCCGUGCAGACCCCGAGCUGGGCCAGUUCCAGGCGCAGGCGCUUAAGGCGCAGCUCGAGAAGCAGCUUGUGAGCAAGUACGAUGUCGAGGUCAUGGAAGGCAAGGCCAACAUUGAGGUCCGGCCACGCCAGUUCAACAAGGGCGAGAUUGUUAAGCGAUUGGUCAGGGAAAUUGGAGAGGGGCUUGAUGGGGGGCGCCCAGGGUUUGUUUACUGCUUGGGAGAUGACAAGACAGAUGAGGAUAUGUUUACCGUGGUUUCGGGGCUGUCCACUCCGAGUGUUGAGCCCAGUGGAGACAAUGAGGAGGUUUCUGAAAGUAAUGCAAAAGCUGCUAAGGCUGCCUACGAGCGUGGACUUGAUGGGCUGUUCCCGGUCACAGUGGGGCCUGCCAAUAAGCGUACUGGAGCCGCCUGGCACCUGAUAGACCCGGAGGCAGUUCUUGACACUUUGGCGGUGCUGACUGGCGAGAUUCCACUUGAGGAGGUGGUUGGGUUGGUUGACAUUGACGAGCGUGGACGGUCAGUGUCGAGUGCCGGUCUGAGUUUAAAUGCCAGCAAUGGGGCACAUACCGUUCCCGGGUCCGAGGAUCUGAGCAUGGACGGGCCUUGA